GGCUACAGAAGAAGGCGUUCGCGACCGGCCCCUGCCGAUGACGCAACGCUAGCAAUAUGGCGGCGCCCAGGACGUCCCUGCGCCUGGUGGCAGCCAUAUGGAGUACCAGGGGCAUCCACGGCCGGGGCGGGGCAGCGACUCCAGAGGGCAGUCAGAAGAAGGGAAAAACACUGCUCCAGUUCCUGUCUGACCGCUUCUAUGAUGUGGAGUUUCUGAGGGAGUACUUCCUCCAAAGGCAGAUGUUGAAAGUGCACCAGAAAAAUCGAUCGUUCACCCACAUGGUGGAGCAAUACGGCCCGUACAUCGUAGGUGCCUGUUUCAUCCUGGAUCAAGGAGGCAUGGUCAAGUUUCAGAACAAUGACUGGAUCGGGCCAAAAGAGCGAGGCCGUUUCGCUCUUGAGUUCUCAAAGUUCCAGGAGGUAUCUGUAGAGGCCGUGGAUGCCAGCGGCUGCGCCAUCAACUACGAGGGCCUGGACAAUCUCUUGCUCCUGAGGAAUCUCCAGUCCUUGUCGCUGCGGCACUGCCCCCACGUGGACGACUGGUGUCUCUCUCGCCUCUACCCACUGGCCAGCUCGUUGCAGGAGCUCUCACUGGCCGGCUGCCCCCACAUCUCCGAACGGGGCCUCGCCUGCCUCCACCACCUCCCGAACCUCCGCAAGCUGGACAUCUCAGAUCUCCCCGCCGUGUCCAACCCAGGCCUCACCCAGAUCUUGAUGGAGGAGAUGCUCCCCAACUGCGAGAUUCUGGGGGCCAGCUGGGCCCAGGGCCUGAACGUGGAGCCGGAGGAACAGCCUCAGGACAAAGCCAGCCCCGUCCACGUGUAGCCUUCAGCCCCUCCCAACUCCAUGGGGUGUCAGGGUGGCGUGUGGAAUGUCUGAUCGCCCGCCACACUUCUGGCUUCCAGCUGGGUCCAGCGUGGGAGUGGGGGUGUGGCACUGGCAGAUGAGAGGGAAGGAGAGCGUGAGGUAGGGGUACUGAUUGCUGGCAGUCCCUGGCUGCAGGUCACAGUUUCUGUCAUGCUGUCAGGCAGCCCUUUCCACACACCUCUCCUUCCGCUGCCUCCUCAGGCUUGGGGAGGUGGAGGCUUGGGCUGUAAGUAGCCCCAGGAAGCUGUACGGUUUCCCCACACUCGGCCCACACCUUGUCAAGAGACUCUUCUCAAAUUGUCCUCAUUUGCGUGUGCCGCCCUUGCUUGCAGGGACCCUGGCUGAUGCAGGGAGGUGCUACUGGCACUUGACAGGGAUGGUUCUUCCCCGUGUGGGACUGUCCUUCUCACUGUAGGAGCUACAGCGACCUUGGCCCACACUAACUGAAUCCCAUCGUGUUUCCAGUUAUUGGUUCAUUGACUUUCGGCUCCAAAUUCAACUUUUUUUGUCUGCUCUGUGCAAUUGGAUCUGUCUGGGCCUUUGAAAUACACUUUUCCUUUGCUAACGAGCACGCCAGCCUUUGUCAGUAGAGGGCACUCUGGAGACGCUGCAGGAGGAAAGGAAUCUCCUUCCUGGUUCCUGUUGCCUGUGCUCUGUCUGGGUGCUGCUCCGUGCCUGUGGCCUCCCCAGCACCCCGCUCCUGCAGUGCCAGAUGGCCAGCAGCUGCCCCUGGCAUCCUCCACCCCCACUGGGUCCACAGGGGGUACAGUGCCUCCACUGAGGCGCCUUUCUGUGAGCAACUGUCCCCAGCACCCCAGUUGGAGUUCCAGUCAAUUAAGAGGCAUUUUUGCCAGUAAAUCCCUCAUUAUUCCAAUUAAAGUCAAUAAUUUAUAUUAAACUUUCCCUGUUCAAGUUA